UGCAAAAACAGGGACAAAUAAUCAUCCCACUUUCGUUUUCAGACAAAUAAAUAAAAAUCUUAAAAAAAAAAAUAAAACAAUGACAGCUCAGCUGGCCGUUACAGUAGUAGCAGUACGCAAGUAAAGUAGGGACCCCCAAAUCUUGUGUCCAAAUCUGUGAGACAUUCCAAGAGUCAGUCACCCUAAUACCCACCCACUCAAAUAUAUAUAAUCCCAAUCGAUCUCCACUAUUGCCAUACCUCAUUCUCACCAAAUCUUCCUACGUCAACACUUUCAAUUUAUUCCUCCUCAUUCUCACCGAGUGAAAUAAAAAUGAAGCGACAAUUUCGUAUUGAGAAAAUCGACGACAAGCAACGAAGAUUGGUUUCUUUUUCUAAGAGAAAAUCCGGUCUCUUCAAUAAGGCCAAACAGCUUUCUCACCUCACCGGCGCUGAAAUCGCCGUUAUCAUCUUGUCCGAGACCGGUCGUCCCUACGUUCAAGCCUUCCCCACUUCUUCUUCCUUCGAGUCUCUCGUAGCUCCUUUCGUCUCAUCGUCUCCCUCGACUUCCACUGCCGAAGCCACUCAUGAGAUGACCUCGUCGACGACAGAAACGGGGACUUCGACUCAAGGUGAAGAUGUGUUCAAUAUUAACGAUUCGUUGAGAUAUUUAUUGGAGUUCGACGUUGAGAACUGCAACGACUUGAAAGAGCUUGAGGCACUGAAGAAGAAACUAGAAGAAACGAGAAAGAGGACUGCCGUGGCCUUGGAUUUGUCAGUCGCCGAAUAUCUUCUUUCUGACUAGUACCGAUGAUGAGAAAGAACUUUAAUAUUCUUAUCAACUUCUGGUAUUAUUAUUCUCUGUUAAUUGCUAUGAUCAAGAUUAGAGUUUCUUUUUUUGAGGAAGGGUUUAUUUGUUUGUAAUUAGUUAUAUAGCUAUGGUGAUUUUUCAUAUACAUAUAAUUAGGUCAUUGUAAUUAAAUAUUGCUUGGUCAAUUGUAAUGGCUGAUCAUUAAUUCCAAUAUAUAAGGAGUAGAAAUCCAAA